AGCGAGCUGCCGUACAGAUGGCUUUGCGGUGGGCAGGAGACCCCCCUGCUGGCACGGUGGCCAUGCCAGCGUUCGCAUCCCGAUACCUCGACAAGCUGCUCGACCCGAAUUGUGACACCUGGGAACAUGGGUGAGCCGGCAACAGCGCACCACCUGUGGACACGUCCUGGCCUACCCACAGUGUCACACAGCUGUUUUGCUGGGCUACGCAAGGAUGUCAGGGGUGCAGAAGGCCCCCGGCAGCGUCGAGCUGAAGCCGCCUGACAAAGGGGAGCAGCCGAUGGACCUGGCUCCCAGGACGGCGCAUCAGCACGUCGCAGCCGCCGCCUCUGCUGCCAAACCGACGCAAUUGCAGGUCACCACUAUCGGGCCCGCGCUCCGACCGCACCUGGACACGACCAAGUCGGCGUUCACGACACUGGGCCAGAGGCUUCCUGCAUCUUCAAGGCCAGUCUUGCAGCCGGCCAUUUCUGUGUCCUCAACGGGGGGAAAUGUAGUCGCUGCCUCCGUUACACCAUCAUAUACAGUCAAGUCUGUGGGUGGAUCAUCAGUGCCCCAACUCUCAACACUGCGGCACAUGGUGACGCCAUCAGCGACAGGGGUGUCGUCUCCGAAUGCUGGCACCAUUGUUACUUCAAUAGCAUCUCCAAUGGCAUCCAUCAUCCGAGGCAACACCAUCACCACCACCCAAAUCGGCCACACUGUCCCACAUCAGUUCUCUUCACAUGUACCCCGAGGUCCAGCAGCUGUCGCAAGCAUCAACACUGCUCCGAAAUCGGCGCUCGCAACACCAAUGUUGCGGUCUUCAAUGAGCCAAGCAACCGCAACACCUCAUAUACCAGUUGGUCAGGCACGGGCAGCAGGGCUUGUUCCUGCUAGAGCGUCGUUUGCAUCCAUACCUCGAUCAGCAGGCCUGUCAAUGACCCAGGUGAUGGACUUGCAGAAAAUGCAUGGGGUGCCCAGGUCUGGCUCGCACGGAGGAGCUGGUCAGGUGCAGAUUGGCUUUGCCUCGGGCCGCUCCUUGGAACCCCUGGCACGGACGACACUUGGCCACUCCUCAGUUUCAAUAGCCAAGCCUUUGCACGUCACUCAACCCAUUGUACACAGCCUUCAUCAGGUUCCCGAGAAGACGUUCAAGUGCAGCACGUCUCCAGCCACCGUGCAGUACACAGCGGUGCCUGGGCUUGCCACGGGCACAACCGGCCACUCUGCAGUGAUCCCAUCAUCGCCAUCGCCUCUCACAACUAGCAAUAGCAGCACUGUUAGCUGUGGGGCCACCAUCGUGUCACCUCAUGCACAAGUUGUACAGCCCAGUGUGCCCAUUCGGAGUAACAUGGGCACCAUGUCUCUUGUUACGUUGGCUCCCACGUCUUCUGUACAGUCGGCACCGCAGGUGGUGGCAACAAGUCAGCCUGCAUCACUUCAUGGUUCCAGCCUGGCCAGUGGAGGCUCAGGCAUUCACCCAAUUUUCACAGUGGUGUCAGGCAAGAGUCCCCUGUCAGUGGCACCAGCAUCCACAGUGCCAAGCAUAGGACUACCCCAGAACAGGCUCGCAAGCGCAUCACGUCUCGUGACAACAGCAUCUCCAGCAGUGCAGCCAACAAGUGUCCAAGUGGCGGGAUCAGUGACUCGUCCAAUAACAACGACUGUGGCCAUUCAGCCACCUACUAUGUCUGUGCCAACGGUUUCAGUUGUCAAGACACGCCCUGAGGAUGCCUCCAAAGACGACCGACGCUAUGUGCCGGGGACCAAGGUGUUUGGGCCCACGUCUCUCGUGGGAUCAGCAGCAGGCAUGCAUGCUGGUGCUGGCCUGGAGGCAGCAGCUACUGUGUCAGAGCCCACGGGAAACCUCUUUGUGACCGGCGCAGCAGCAAGGAACCUCACCACAACCAUUUCUUCCGUGUCAAGCAACAUCCCGACAACUGCGUCACCAUUGCCUGCUACUGUUGUCAUUUCCGACACCCGGACAGACAGGCCAGCGCAGUUGCAGGGUGCGGCUGCAACACCAUCAUAUGCAGUACCAGCGACGUACUUGUAUGAGUCGUAUCCGAUCCAGGGUGCCACCAUUACAAUGCAUCCAUAUGCAGCAGCUACCCCCGCAGGUGUCACACCUGUCUUUCCAGUGACGUCAGCGCGACCCAGUCGGCCGCACCUCGUGAGUGGAAGCACCAUGACUUCAUCAGCAACUACUGUGGUGCAUCCGCCGCAGCCCCUGCAGCAGCAGCAACAGCAGCAGCAGCAACAACAGCAGGUUCAGCUGUCGCAGCCGCAGCAGCAGCCGACGGCAGCACACAUAGGUGCCUUGUCGCUAGGUGCAUCUCCGGCUCUCGGAGUUGCCACGACCCUAGGCUCGCCAUCUCCCCUUGGGGCUGCCAGCCCUUUGGGUGCCAACUCCUUGGCAUCAGCUGUGGUGCCUACGAUGGGUGCAGCAGCGGGUCAAGUUGUCAGUGCAGUGCCUCUUGGGACUGGUCAGGCAACGCCUUCUGCUGUUGCUGCUCCUCCUCCGCUGGGUAGCACACAACAGCCGUUGGGAGCAGCAGCUACUUUGGGCGUAGCCUCACCACUGGGCUCAGCAAUGGGCUCCGGUCCCUUGGGGGCCACGACAGUACGCGCACCACUCAUGGUAGCAGUGGACUCAUUGAGCAGCCGACAACAGCAGCAACAUCAGCACCAACACCAGCAGCAACAUCAGCAGCAACUAGUUUCCCAUGGUGCUCUGCACGCGCAGCCAACGGGAUUCACGUCCACAGGUUUGACUGCGCAUAGUAACUCGGGAAGCGAUGGUGUGGUCACUUCUCAGCCCUCUUCGGCACCUGCGCAGGCCUACAGCUGUGUGACACCGUCAAAUCUGCUGUCACCUACACACAGCUCAACACCACCGAACCACAACACUUCGCCCCGUCCUAGCAUUUUGAGGAAACGGACAUUUGAAAGUGCCCACCUGAGUGUAAAGAAAAACCUUAUGGCAUCGCUUCCUGGAUCGGAACCAGCCAGUCCUCGUUCUGAAGCACCUGCAUCACUUUCAACUACCUCUUCACCGAAACCUGCAAGUGACAUUCAGCAGGAAAGCAGCAAUAGCAGUAGCACCGCAAGUGACCCACUUUUACCAGAGGCCUCCAAGUCGUCGUCCUUGCCUAUAGUCAACAUCAAGCAAGAGCCUCUAGACGCAUGCGAAACACCUCCAAAUGGUAAUGUCUCAGUCCUGCCUGCUCUUCAAAAUUCUACAGUGGAGGCUUCCCCACGAAAGAAACCAAGAAAACAGUUACUCUGUGCAAAUGAGUUUUUGGACACCCAUUCCACUGAUGGAGAGGAUGAUGUUGAAAAGGAGAGUCGAGAAAACCUCAAGAAGGAAUUCUCACGGGGCGAUGACUUGAAGUGUGUGGCUUUCUGCAAACGUCCAAGCAUGUCACUACUGACAAGCUACUCCCACAACUGGAAAACACGGCAGAAUCAUUUCAUCAGGCACACUGAUGUUAAACCAAAGGAUGACAAAAAACAGACCGUUAAUGAUUUGGCCAACCAAAAAGGUGUACUGCAGAAGGCUAAUGGCUGGAAAGUUUUCCACUUGGCGUCGCAGAUGGAGGAUGUGGUCGACCUAGAGGAUACAGUCCACAACAAGCUGUCGCACCUGUUAAACUUUAUCGAAGACAAGCCACCAGCAAUACGACUAAAGCCACUCAACAUGGAUGAAGAGCGAAUACUCAGCAAGAUUAAUGACCUCAUCAAGGGCAACCUUCAGCGCAGCAAGAUUGUGCAGGACCAAGUGACGGAAGCUAAGCAGCAGGUACUUAAGGUGCUUGAUCACAAGCCUAGAAUAGUAGAGAUCAUCGGCAAAUAUGUGAGUAAACGGCCGCUCAAGAAGCGAGAGAAGAUGUGACUUCGGGCUCCCACCACUCCAUUUUAACUCUCACCACAGCCAUCGCCACCCAUAACAUACCUCUGCUGAGGGUUCAGGAUCUGACCCAACCAGAGAGGUAGCUGCUAGGGGACAUGCGGACAGUAUGCACAAACGUAACUGUGUGUGUGCGUGCAUUGUUACCCCAUGUCAUCACAGUGCACUGUAUACUCCUCAUUGCCAUUUAUUUUUCUAUGUUUUUUUCUCCUUUUUUUUUACGUAAUCAUGCCUUCAUUGUUGUAAAAUAGGGACUUGGCUGGCUGCCUUCAUCUCGGAUAGGCAUGGACCUUUGUACAAAGAUCACCUCGAGGACAUCAUUAGUGCAGAAAUGGAUGGCACUGCUUGUGGAAAGACUGAAACAAGGGUGAAGGCCAUCCCGACCUUCACCUGUUCUGCCUGUGUACAGCUGUUUCAUGCUGAGGGAACGGACCUUAACAGGCCUUCCUUCGGUGAUGUGUUACCCAAGUGCUACGUGCAUAGCAGUCAAGGCACUGAACUAUACACUGCACAUUGCUCACUACGAUGAUGUGGCCAGCCAUGGUGUCUUGUGCAUUACAUUCUCAUUAUACCUGUUUUUGUUAUUUAUGUAAAAUAUACUUGUUUGUUUGAAGCCCUUGUUUGUUUUAUAUUACCAGCUAUUUGGCUUAAUUGUUCAACCUGGCACAUGUAGCACUGAUGCAGCAUGGGUACUGCCUCCAUACAAAAAAAGAGGUUGUUUCCCCAGUUCAGGUUAAAGGUCCCCAUCAAUCUUUCCCUUUUCCUCCUUCUCCACUACUCCUUCAAUACAAGCAUCGGCACUUAUUCUAUCUCUUCCUGUGCGCCGGUCAGUCACUAGCAUCCGAAAAAAAUCUCACAUGAAAGGCCUGCUGCGAAGCGUGACGUAGCUGCUGGCUUGCCCGCAAUAAGUCAAAGCAAACAGCACGAAUCAACAUUCCUUGCCACCGUAGAGGUCUAUCGCUGUGCAGUUGUUUAAGAAUUCUAAACUGUUUCUUCCUUACACUUGCACACUUGCCCUACUGGCAUCCAGUGAUGUCAUGUUCAGACUGUCUUUGCAACUUGUAUGCUGCAUAUACUAUUUUGUUUGUAAGGUGUAUGUAAAGAUAUAUGUUGUGAAAACAUAGGGCUGUCUGGACAAGCCAAAGCCUGACAACUGUUGUGUGAGUAACAUUCUUUAUCGAAGCUAAGAGAUGAUGAUGUUCUGUUGCCAGGAGAACACAUAUGUUUAUGGCAAAGAACAUUUAUUGUAGCUACAACAGAUGAUGAAAGUGUUUGCUGUGCUGAAUAGUAAUGACUGAAAUGAAUGCCCUAUAAAUGUUCAGAGCAUAAAGCUAGAGGUUAUCAGUGUGACCUUGAAGGUCCUUGAAUGCUGUGGUGCUUGGCUACUUGAAUCACUAAGUUUAGAUGGUGUCACUUAUAAUUUGUGUAGAGAUAAAGGUACAGUUUACAUUGUGAAGAGCUACAUUGUGGGAAUGAACAGGUGUGAAAUCAAACGAGAUAAUUUAUGGAUUCUGUCUAGGUGGCACCCUCACCAAAAUGGGGCAUUACCUUCAAAGUAAUUGAAAAUAUAAAUAUUUAAUUAAGUAUUUUUAUUUGUAAAAUUGGCUUCCAAUCUGCCACCGUAACGACUUUCAUUUAAUAAAGCUUGAUUAUUGCACAUUUUUGCUGCAGCUAGAAACAGCUUUUAUUCUCUCUGAAACUUGUUUUGUCUUAAUAAGUAGGUGUCAGAGGUUGCUGCACUCUGAUAUCUAAAGUCUUUAAAUUGCAAACUCUGUUUAAACCACAUUUGUCCGUCUCAACAAGUACGGCCAGCAGAUGGCUAACACAGAUAAAGACAUUCUCUCAACAUGUAUCUCUAGUUCUCAUUCCCAUCUGCUUGCCCUUUGAAUGUCACAGUCGUCUUUUCAGGCCGAUAUUGCUUCGCAGUUCUGAUUCAGGGACAGAAGCGGUUAUAUAUAUGAUUGUAAUAGAAGAAAAUUGCCUUAAGCAAGGAUUCGUUUGCCAAUAUUUUAAGUGUGUUGCUUGCUAUCUUACCUGCCAACGCAAUGAAUGCUUACAUGUUUUAGACACCUGCUUCUUGAAUACUGAAACAAACGGUUUCAGUGGUGUUUGUCAGGGCUUCAUGCUGUCCUCAUAUCUCAACUUUGUGGAUUUACAGGAGAGGCCUUGGUCAUGUGACCAUUUUCGUGCAUGCUUUUUUCUUUUCCUUCAAGUUUCAAAUGUGAAACAAUGCGGGUGUCACAUGUCGUUUACCUGCUUUUCAUUGAGACACCACUGAAAUGACACUCUUGUAACAUAGGCAAUAACGUCUGGCGCAAGGGAGCUCAGCGACUCAUGUUUUAAAGUGCAUUAAAUUAUUGUCUCCAUCCCCCGUUUGCGCGUGGUUUGCAUUUGUGUGCACAUUGUCUUUGGUGCUGUCAGCUGUAUGCACACCAUUCGUGUCAUUUUCCUGCAUUGUAUAAAGUAUCAUUGCUCUUAUGAAUAUCUAUAUCCCUGUAUGUGUGUGCAUACUUGCUUCUGCAUGCUAUAGACUAGAUGCAGGAAAUGGCAUGUGCAAAGUAAAUAGCGUUUACCCCCCUUAUUUUCAGGAUUUUAGACUCGUGUUUUGAAACAGUUUUGCUUUACUGCUGCUUGUCUUGAUCAUGUUACAUAAAAAUGAAUUAAAUCGAUCUCUUGUCUGACUUUUGUGUUUUUGACGUGAGCAUGUUUUUUUUUUGUACAAAUUUUUCUCAUGGCUUUUGGGGAUCGGUGUGCACAUUGUUUUAGUUUAAGUUUUAAGUGUUGACGUCAAAUUCUGUGUACAUGGUAAGUUUUGUGCAAGUUUCAUUGAUGGAAUUCCACCAUUGUCAUAGAUCAUGGUCUUGUGAAUGUAUAUCAAAUCUCUUUGUGAAUGCAAAUGUUGAUAAAUGCCAUGCAACAGGAACGCUGCCUUGCACUUUGUCAUAUUUCACUGUGUACAGACUGUACAUUAAAAAUGACGGAACAAGGAACCCAUGGGCAA